CAGAAACUUUUCUCGUUACUCGCUCAUACAGACGUGGCCACGCUUGAAUGUUACUGCUUUCCUUUUUCCGUCAAGCCUCGUGUUCGUGUUUAGCUUGUCUGUGUGUGUGUGUUUGCCACAAUUUUCCGAUUUUGGGUUGAACGAAAAAAUUAAACAACAAUGCCUCGUGUACCAAUCGUCUAUUCGAAGACGUACGUUACUCCACGUCGUCCAUUCGAAAAAGAACGUCUUGAUCAAGAAAUGAAAUUGAUCGGUAAAUAUGGUCUACGUAAUAAACGUGAAGUAUGGCGUGUAAAAUAUACAUUGGCCAAAAUUCGUAAAGCUGCUCGUGAAUUGUUGACGUUGGAUGAAAAAGAUUCAAAACGUUUGUUCGAAGGUAAUGCAUUGCUUCGACGAUUGGUUCGUAUCGGUGUACUACAAGAAACUGAAAUGAAACUCGAUUAUGUUCUUGGUUUGCGUAUUGAAGAUUUUCUUGAACGACGAUUACAAACACAAGUUUUGAAACAUGCAUUGGCUAAAAGUAUCCAUCAUGCACGAGUUUUGAUCCGUCAACGACAUAUACGUGUUCGUAAACAAAUGGUCAACAUACCAUCAUUUAUUGUGCGUUUAGAUUCGGAAAAGCACAUUAAUUUUUCAUUAAGUUCACCAUACGGUGGUGGACGACCAGGUCGUGUCAAGAGGAAGAACAUGAAAAAAGCUCAAGGUGGUACAGCUGCCGAAGAAGAAGAAGAAGAGUGAACAU